AUGUCUCCUGUAUUGGCUACUUUAUCAACAGGUGCAAAAUUAUGGGUGAACAUAGCAAACGUACUUGCAGGCGCAAGCCAAUUCCCAGUUGACCUUCCACCACAGCCUCAUGCGAUGCAGAAUGUGAUUAUGAUUGCGGCCUUGAUUUAUCAGCCCAAGGUGUGGCCCAUUCCCUUUGAUACGGGUGCGUGUGAAGAUAUGAUCUCAAGUUGGGGUACAAAAGUGGUAGAAUGUGCCCCAAGGACUUGGGACAAAUCAACACAUGGUCUACCUGAGGUUAUCAGAGCUAGUGGUGCUGAUGAAAUAACAGACAUCAGGGCGGCUGUCUUAAGCCACUUGCACUAUGAUCAUGCCGGAGGCUUGGAACAUUUUGUUGGCGCAGGCUGGUACCUCGAGAUUUGGUGCUAUGAGGAGCUUAAGAAUGCUUUCUGGACUGAUGCGACAGGCCCGGAGCGAGCAACCUAUUUGAAAGACUGCCUCUUGGUUAUCUUCCGUGGUAUUAGCUUUCACCGCUACCCUAGCCAUACGGUGGGCUCGAUUGCGAUGGAACUUAAGCUUGAGAAAACAGGCUUGGUUGUACUAACAGGCGACGCAUUUCACUGGCACCGUAGUCGAGAGUAUAUCCGGACCUUGGUGGAGAGAAAGCAGGCUACGGUAAUGACUCUUCAUAUUCCAAUGCGUUAG